AUGUCACUGCGCGGGCUGAGCACGGACCCGCACAGACCCCUCCGUGCCACGGCGAGAAAUGGGGGCUCCCCACUCAGGACCCCGCCACCGCCAAGACCCUCACCUCCCGUGACAUUUUCACAGAAUCUCUUGGUAAACCCCGCCAGCCCCGGGCCCGAACCCCCUCAGCAGCCCCGCGGCCGCUGCCGCUCUCGCCGCAGUGGGGCGGGGCACCCCGGUUCCGCCAACCCCGCCGGGCUGGGGGCGGGGUGUCGCGGAGCUGCACUUCUAUUGGUGAGAGCGGAUGCCCAUCCUCGCAGCGCUCCAAUCAGAUACUGUGGAUCGUGGGGGGCCGUCAGGCAUCGCUGGUUCCUCAUCUGGAGCCCGCCCAGACGCUGCUCGCAGUCACCGCCCCUUCUUCCCUCUCCGCCAGUCACGUCCACCCGGCUUGACCGCAGUAAGGGACAGGAACCCGCGGGUUCCUGUCAAUCACUAACGUUUCCCAGCCUUUCCCGCUCCCCGCCCACAGCGGAGACGGGACGGGGGGCGGGGCGUCGGCGCCGGCCGCGCGCUGGUGCGGCAGGCGGGUCCUGGCGGACGGGGGCGGGAGGCAGGGGGAGAGAGAGGAGGAGGAAAGGGCAGGAGGAGGAGCUGCGGCUGACGCCGGCGGAGCUUUCAGUACCUUGGAGAACGGCUGCGAGCGCGCCGGGCAAGCGGGAGCCGCCGCCGCCUUCCGCUGCCCGCUCACCUGCCCCGCUCCGCUCCGCUCCUCACCUGGCCCUCCCCGUCCCGCCCCGCGUUCCCCCGGCGCCGGAGGGAGCCCGGUCCCGCCGGAGCGGCUCCGAGGGGAGAGCACGGCAGCGGCGUAGGCUCGGUGAUCGGGACGGACGGGGGGGUCCGUCAGCGCAGGGACGGGACGGGUGGUCAGCCCGGGACGGCCGGACUGGCUUAGGAGGGCGCUCGCUGCCGUCACUCCUCACGGAGCGGCGGCCGGGGCGGCGAGGAGAGCGAGGGGGCUCGCAGCCCGCGUCUCGCAGCCCGCCGUGGAGCCCGAGGGGAGAGAGGAGCACCCAGCGCGGCAGCGGCUGCCGGCAUUUGCUGGGGUGGGCAGGGAGCCGGAAACAAGGAGUCGCACCAGCGGCUGGGAACGGGGAAUCUGCUCCUCGGAAACCUCGGGGGCACAGAUACCCCUGGCUCAAAGGGGUUUUGAGGGGAAGGGGAAAUUGA